AUGAAAAUACAUUUUAUUGAUGACAAUUUGAAGAAAAAUGUUCUCCAAGUACCAGUUCCUGCAGCCUCUCAUAAUAGUGUUGAAGCUCUCAGAAAUUAUUUAUCUACAACACUUAAACAUCAGUCUGAUGCUAUUGACUCUGUUGAAAAACCAGGAGCAUUUAUUCCUCCUCCAUCUCUUCUCAGAUCUCCUCCAAGAGCGGAGAGGAUUAAACGCUCUGAAGAUGAACCGAUAUCUCCUCCGUUAAAAACUCCUCCACUAUACGAGGAGGAAGAAGAAAAUAAAGAAAAAUCUCCUUCGCCAGAACUUAUAACCCCGCCCCUAUAUCUAGAGGACGAGAAUAAAGAUAAAACUCCGUCUCCAACAAGAGAAGAGCCAAGAACCCCACCACUUUAUUUGGAAGAAAAUGAGAAAGAAAAAUCUUCUCCAAUACCUUCUACAAUAGAGGAUGCGGAGACUCUACCUCCAAAACCAAAGAAAGAAAGAAAAGAGGAGAAAGAGCCACAGGCACAGCCAAGUGUUCCUCAAAAACCAACUUCUACCGACUUGAGUACCAUAAAGCCUGGCAAGAAGGAAGAGCAAGUUCACCAUGAAAAAUCUGUGACUCAAAAGCCUCCUGUUUUAAGUAAUAUAGGAGUGAGUAAAGAGGAAAAUAAGAAGGAGCAAGAAAAACCUCCGACACAAAAGCCUCCUGUUCUAAGUAAUAUAGGAGUGAGUAAAGAGGAAAAUAAGAAUGAGCAAGAAAAACCUUCGACUCAAAAGCCAUCUUCUAACCUUUUGAGUACUAUUGGAAUAGCUAAAAAGGAAGAGAAAAAGGAGAAAGAUAAGCCACACUCUCAAACUCGUCCUUCAAGUGCUUUGAGUUCUAUAGGGUUAAAUAAGAAGGAAGAGAAAAAAGAGCAAGAAAAACUAUCAAGUGUUUUGACUAGUAUAGGAUUAGGUAAAAAGGAAGAAGAGAAGCAGAAAAAUAAACCACCACCUCCGACUCCUAGAGAGAAAUUGAAGUCUCCUCCAAGGUAUAAAGAAGAUGAUAAACCUUCAACUCCAAAACCUGAAAAAGAACAAAUUAGUACUACACAAAAACCUCCAUCUCUAAAACCUGAAAAAGAGCAAAUUAGUACUACACAAAAACCUCCAGACUCUAUUACUCCUAGUGCUUUAGAUUUAUCAAGAAAGGAUGAGAAGAAACCUAAAGAAAAUAGUACACAAAAAUCAUCGGUUUCAAGUAGUGCAGGGUUGGAGAGCAAUAAAAAGGAAGAGAAAAAAUCACAAAAACGUCCUGCGAGUGUAAAGACAAUAUGA